AUGGGUCAAUCUCAAUGGGAAGUUUCACGAGCAUUAAAUGCUAUGCCACCCUUACAAUCCAGCGUGAAUUAUCAACGAGAGAGAGACAAGCAGGUGAAGCUGUUUGGCUUCUGGCCAAACCCCUACGUUUUCAAAGUGAUAUGGGCGCCAAGGAUCAAAGGCGUGGAGUACGACUACAACCCCGUGCACAAGAAAAUUCCUGUGCUUGUCUAUCAAGGUAAACCCAUCGCAGAGUCAUAGGUCAUACUCGAGUUCAUCGAUGAGGCGUGGAAGGACCGCGGUGACCGUAUCCUGCCGGAGGAUCCCUACGAGCGUGCCAUGGCCUGUUUCUGGGUGAGGUUUCUGCAGGAUAAGCUCUCGCCACCGAUUUGGAAGUGGUUCACCACGCAAGGCCAAGAACAGGAGGAUGCACACGAAGCUGCCAUAGAGCAGCUGCUGGUUCUGGAGAAGGAGCUUGAUGGGAAGCGAUUCUUUGCCGGCGAGAAGAUUGGGUUCGUGGACUUAUCGCUUGGUCCGCUGUCGUAUGUGAUUCCGAUGUACGAGGAGAUCACUGGUGUCAAGAUGAUCGCAGGGGAGAAGCUCCCUUCCCUGUCUGCGUGGAUGGGGAAUUUCUUGAGCUCGCCGGUGGUGAAGGACCACCUGCCACCGCUGGACAAGUUGCGGCUCAGGUUACAAACAAUACGUGAAGCAUUUCUAAACGGCAAAGUUAAGUAGUAGAGGUCAUCUUGCCACUGAGCCUCUUCAGUUUGAUUGGGAUCAGAGGGUCAAUAUAUGGCACAAAUAGUGUUUGCACCGAAAAUAAAGAAUUAAAAAAACAAAUAGUGUUUCCUACACUUGUUACUGCAGUUUCUCAAGUACCUACUAGCGUGUGUAACUGAAAGGAGGACUAUUAUCAGACUGCAAAUAUUUCACCUUAUUUUCCGCAAGUGAUUUGCAUCCAAUAUUUUAUCUGCACUAGUUGCUUGCUAUUUUACCUCCUUGACCUUGUUGCUGUACCAUGAAUGCCAGCCUGAUGUUUGUUGCAGGGUGGCCCGAGCUGAACUGUGCCAGUGGACUGGAAGUGAGAGGCCCAAGCCCGUUUAUAUUGCUGCCCCCUCUUGUCGCCACAUUUUCACUAGGACGGUACAACUGUAGAAGUGGGGAGGUUAAGUUUUUGACAGUCCAAGUGCAUGCACACAACCGUUUCACUACGCGAUGGCAAGUAUUGUAGCAGUACAGCAGUGUAGACAACCGUGGCCGUGGGGCCGUCAGGCCAUGGCACAACAUAGCCGUGCGUGUGCCCGUGCAUGUUCUGGAGCUCUAUGACAGUAACCCAUCCAGCAGGAACUCAGGUGUUCAGAAAGAACUUUGUUUAUUAUUGGCACGUCGAUCAUCUGGGACCUUGAGCGGCUAUACACUGUACUGAACACGCGAGAAUCCAAGAUGUUGUGCU